GAGGACAUCAUAUGACGUCAUCAAUCAGUAUGGCCCCAGAAGUGCCACCUGUCAAUGUCCAUCAAUGCCACCUGUCAGUGCCCAUCAAUGCCACCUGCCAAUGCCCAUCAGUGCCACAUCAAUGCCACAUAUCAGUGCCUACCAGUGCACAUCAAUGCAACAUAUCAGUGCCCAUCUGAGCUGCCUUUCAGUGUCACCUAUCAAUGCCAGUCAGUGCCACCUAUCAGUGCUGCCAAUCAGUGCCACCUAUCAGUGCCAGUCAGUGCCUACUAUCAAUGCCCAUCAGUGCCGCUUAACAGUGCGAGUCGGUGCCACCUAUCAGUGUCGCCUGUCAGUGCCAUAUAUGAGUAUUGCUUCUCAGUGCCCAUCAGUGAUGCCUGUCAAUGCCCAUCAGUG